GCAAAGUCUCCUCCCCCAAAAUUCUCCAACAAAUUUUGAUAUCUUUAAUUUAUACUUACUAAAAAAAAUGGAUGAAAGAAGCAGCAAAUCAGAAGGAAAAGAAAUGGAUGACGAAUUCACUGAAAUAACUCUGCGGCCAAUUGAACUGACAGAUGUGGAUGAUUUCAUGGAAUGGGCAACAGAUGAAAAAGUCAGUCAAUUUUGCACUUGGGAUACUUACACUUGUAAAGAUGAAGCUCUAGAUUACAUCAACAACAAUGCAAUUCUCCAUCCAUGGUUGCGAGUUAUUUGCACUAAAAACAGAGCAAUUGGGGCAAUUUCUGUGACACCAAAUUCUGGGUAUUUGGAUAGUUGUAGAGCAGAGCUUGGUUAUGUAUUGGCUUACAAGUAUUGGGGUAAAGGGAUUGUCACAAAGGCAGUAAAAAUUGUUGUAUCAAAUAUAUUUGAAGAAUGGCCAGAUCUUGAGAGGAUUGAGGCUUUUGUGGAUGUAGACAAUAAAGGAUCACAAAGGGUGUUGGAAAAAGCUGGAUUCUUGAAAGAAGGUGUUCUAAGAAAGUUCAGAACUAUAAAGGGGAGAUCAAGAGAUAUGUUCAUAUUUAGCAAUUUAUCUGCAGAUACCUUAUGAGUGUUCUGUUUCGAUCAUAUUACGUAUUGUUUCAUAAUGUAUCUAUUAAAAAAAUUAUAUUGUAUUGUAAUUAAAAGUAAAUAUGUCUUCAAAUUCGUAUCAAAAUCUUCACUUUUAAAUAAUAAAGAUGUGUAUUAACUUA